UUUUAUAUCUGAUCAUACGGUUCACUUGCUGUGGAGCAAUCUGAAACUCAAUUGCCCUUACCAAGAUUCGAAUUGAAUCCAAUCACCCUCGCUUAUUAUAGAGCGUGAUUAUCACGUCCAUGUAUCAGGAUGUGGAUAUGGUUCAUAGAGCGUAACUGAAUAGCCGGUAUUUUAUUACUACGCAAAGCAAAGCAAAAACCAGGUUGAAAUUCAUACAAAGUUACAGAAUAUUUUUCCCGAGUAGAGGAGGUGGUUAGAACAGCCUCUUCUCGUACGGACACUUUGGGUGAAACGUGGCUAUCAUCCAUGGGAUGUGCAAGUAUGGCCGUCUAAUUAAAGGAAAUAAGUUUCACUGACGACUGCUUAUAAUUAAAAAGCCUGAAAUGAAACAGUGGCUAUGCAAUGAAGAAGAAAAUAGGCAGCCGUUUGAUUGUCAGAGUGUUUCAUGGACUGGAGGACGCCAAGGUGGCAAAAUGUAAAAAACUGAAGCAGGUUGGAAGAUGACACCUGAGUUUGGAUAGUGCAAUGCAAUGGUGGAGUCUGGAGAUCUAACGGCUGUGUGUGUAUAAUUGUAAUCAUGGGGGAGAAAGAGUGGGCGUUUUUUAGAUGCAUUUAAGAGGCUUCGGAUUUUCCGUCUUCUGGAAGUCUAAAAUCUAUGAGCUUUGAGAGAAACAGCGAAUUGGGUGUUUAUGAAUUCUCAUGUUGAUUACGGAAUCUCGCAUAAUACAUUUGAAGGUUCAUUCUUACUUGCUAUUGCUGUUGCAAGAAAAGAUCUGGAUUCGGGUUUAAAGGCGUUUAUGUUGUAUAGAUCGAUUCAGAGCCGUCGAAGCAAUUUUUAAAAGGAAAAUGAUUACAGAAAUGGACAAUAGUCGAGACGUGAGGCGAGGAGUCAGUCGGUUCUCGAGACAACAGAUGAAGCAAUCUGAACAAAAGCUCCUCUCGGCUUCUGCUGGUUUGGAUGGUGUAGUUGGUGAUGACUUCGUUUCUUUGGAGAAAUCGAAGAAAGAGAGACUUACUAAAAAAUUAAGUGUUGUUAAUAAAGCCAGUUCAACCCGCCAAGACUCUGAAACUGGCUGUAAAAAAAUGUCGUCUGAUAGAGAUAGAGAUAAUGAAUUUCCUUCCCAAUCACAUUCUUUCAAGCUCCCCAAGAAGCAGUUUUCUGAUGACUGCAAUGGCGUUGAUCAUGCAUCUAUUCCCCGUAAACUACGGUCAGCUAUGAAGAAGCGAAAUCGCAAAUCGAUUUCUCCACCACUUCCAGAUUCAAAGAAGCUGAACCAUACAAUGUGUGGAGUUAAAUCACCCAAAAAGAAUGGCCUGAAGAAGUCCAAACUGAAUUUGAAACAAGGUAGCUCAGACUCGACCCCAAAGCAGGGCAUAGGGUCAAUCACUAAGGAUGAGAAAGAAGUUGUGGAGACCUUGUAUGCUUUGGCAGAAAUGUUCUCGGACAAUGACAAUGCUAAUAAGAAUAAUUUGGAGAAUUCCCCUUCAGAAGCGAAACCUCCGGCUUUGCCAGAAUGUAGGGAGAGCCCUCCAACUGCCUUUAAAGAUUCUGCAGUUUCAAGGGAGGGCUUUAGCUCGAUCUGCCCUGUGAGAACUUCAGAGGUUGUGCCUUCUUCUAAUCUAGAAACUUCACUUGAAGAAACUGGUAAAAUCAAUUCUUUGGGCAAACCUAAUGUUGGAGAAAAAUCUGAUUCACAUGCCUGUGAAAUUUUCCCUAUGAAAUCAGAUACCUGUGUUCCUCAAGUGAAUCUAUGUAGCACUAUGGCUUCAUUGGCUAAGAGUUCUUAUAAUGCUGAUUUGCCAUUAUGUGAUCCUGCAAAGUUGCAUGUUCCAGCUGAAAUAAGUUUUGAUUCAAGUAGAUCAAAGCAGUCCAUUGACAAGGAUGCACCACUUCUUGGGAGAGAACCACGGCUCACAAUGGGGGCCACUGUCAACAAAAGUCAUUUGGUACAACAAGAUAGGGUCAUGGAUUCUGGAAAAAAGGGCUUAGCAUUAUGGCCUGAAUUGUCACCGAUAUUGUCACAUGGUUCUGGCUGUCCUGGUCCUUCUUUGCAGUCCUCUACUGCAAAAGAUCCAGCGUGGCUUGAUGCACCCAUAUGUGACUCCAACCCAUCUUCUUUUGACAAUGGUCCUUUAUCUGGAAAGGUUUCUAAAGGGGCCACUGGUAGGUUGCUGAAGAGGUGCACAGCUCAUGUCUACAUCGCUUGUCUUAUUCACAAUCUAAAUAAACCUGAGAUAAAACAAAAUUUGUCUCUACAGCCUAAUCAAGUGAAACCACCAAAUGAAGGGGAAAAGCAAGGGGUAUUUAAGGCUAUUAAUGAUUUUGAAAGGGUGGAUAAAGGUGCAAAUGGAGUUAUAUUGACCAACGAUGUUCCUUAUACUACUUCUGAAAGAGAUUCAUGUGAAGGCAGAGGUGGCAUUCUUCAGCACAAGAGGCUUUAUCAAGAUCAGCAACAGAAUACUGAGGCAUCUCGAGCAAACACUCUACAAAAGCAGAGUUUCGAUUUCUUGUCUUUGUCAGCUGGAAAUGUUGAAGCAGAAGCUAAUAACAGCUCUAACAGAGCUGGAAAAAAUGGAUUAGAACCAUCAUCACGCUUUGAAGUUUCCCAUCUUCAUUCGCUUAUUCAGCACAAAUUCAUGCCUUCUUCUAUGUCACAAUGUCACUAUACCUCAUCUGUUUGCCCAGACCAAUUUUCUGCAUCUACAUCCGCACAGCAGAUACCUCCAUAUCUCAGCAGCAGCCCUUAUCUUGGCCCAUCCCGAACAAGUUCUUUCCCAGUCUUGACAAAGCAACAGCAUCAACAACAGGUGUGGGCGGCGCAGCUAAACGCCCAAUACAGAUCUGGGGGAACUUCUACAGCGAUGAACCAAUUUCCAAGCUGGCUAAAUGGGAGACAGGAUCCUAACUUGUUUCCAUGCCCCCAGUCAAUUUCAUCGUUUGAAGUAGUUGGCUCCAAGUAUGGUUCAAUUCUUCAACAACGUCAGCCACAGUUAGUGGCCAUUGCUUCAUCUUUACCACCACCUCCCAGGGUGAAAAGGCUUGACCACCAUCUCCCAUCAGUUUAUGAAGAAAUUGAAAGUGGUUUUUGCACUGGUGGUGCAUUGCCUUUGCAAUUACUCUGCAAUGAACGCCUCUAGAGCAGGGUGAUUGGUGAGUAACUUUUAAGUUAUUCUUUUGCCUUCCUGCUGACGAAGAGAAUUGUUGAUCACCCUUUAUAUGGUAAAAAGUAAAUCAUCCAAAGAUUGGGGAAAAGUGCUUGAUAACAUUUUGUGAUCAUGAACAGCUUAUAAGAAGGAUAGUAGGAAGAUUAUUUUUGUAUAUGCUUAUGUUUCCCAAAAAAGAAAUACCCACUUGCACAUUUAAAAUUCUGAUUCAUUUUAUGCAUGUUGCUACUGUGAUGAGCUUCAGAGA